UUUUUGUAAGGCAACUCAGUUAACACGCUGUCCUAAGUGACGCAAACUGAAUCAGGGCUUGGCAUAAACUUUCUUGAAAGGUUCUGAGUGAGCCCUACCCACAUAGGGUGUUGGUCCUGGAAGGAAAUAGGGUUGGGUUGGAUGCAAGAAAAGCACUGAAAAGCUUCUAGGCAGUGAUGUCUAACCGCGGAAAGGCGACCGGACCACCCUCCAUGGCUCCUACAUGUAGAGAGUGUUUGGGUAGACUAAUUUUUAUUGUUUUUUUCCUCAGGUUCACCACGCCGUUUCCCAAUUACAAACGACCAUGAACAACAUUUAUAAGUUAAUCCUCAGGGCCAGGGUUUAUUCAUCUUCUCCAGCGCCGACAGUUUCCGAAGUUAUAAUUUUUACAAAAAAUGGCUCCCGAGGGAAAGGAUUACAAUUUACGUGUACUUUGGACGCUACAUGUGCACAGUGACCAACGCCGGCGUAUAAGAAACUUGUUGAUUGUUGAACGGGGGUGUUGAUAAUGGCCAGUUGUUUUCACCACUGCAGCGCGUAAAUGCCCUUUAAAAAAUUGAGCGCGAUUUUCCCUCGAAACUCCGCGAGCUCUCCCAAUUCACAGUCCGCUAUGGCAAAAGAACCCAGCGACGUGAUGGACCUGGAGGACCGAGACCCGAACAAGCUCAAUCAGCACCUGCAGGUUUCGUGGGAAGACGUCAUAGGGGAGCCCGCCUCCAUCCGCAGCCCCGAAUGUGCGUGGUCCGUCAGCAACCAGUGUUUCAAACUUUCCAAGAAUUUCUGCUACGUUUGUUUGUCCGUAGUUUGCGCCCCGGUCACGGCUUUUUGCCUCGGAAUAACGUUCGCAUGCUUGUCCUUUGAGCAAAUUUGGUGCAGGACGCCUACUCUCAGAGUCUGGAAAAUCUCCUGUGCCUCCAUCAGAAAUUUCGUAGCGGUCUUCGCACACGCUAUUAUCAUCCCUUGUACCAGCGCGUGUGGGUAUUUUUGGUCGGAAAUUAAAGUCAAAACGCAUGCGAUUUCCGGCGACGUCGACGAAAAAAAGGAUGACGUGCUGCUGGUCUAAUUUCUUCCAAGAGGCUCCAAAUGACCAAUUUUAUGGUUACACUGCGUUUCAACUUCCACAUUUUCGUCGUCUUAAUGUACGUUUAUAAAUUUUGAAUAAAGAAGUCUAGGAGGAA